AUGGCAGGUGUCAAGGAAUUGAACAGAAAUAACUUUAAAUCAUUUGUUAAGAAUAAUGAAAAUAUUCUUGUUGAAUUCUAUGCUCCAUGGUGUUAUUAUUCUAAGGAAUUCGCUAAUGAAAUGAAGAAGCUCGGUAAGAUGAAAUUGUCAGGUGUCAAGGUUGCCAAGAUCAAUGGUGACAAGUUCUCUGGUAUUGCCAGAAAGUACAAGGUUGAUGGUUUCCCAUCUAUUUUGUUGAUCAAGAAUGGUGAAGCUGUUGAAUACAAGGGUGUUCAAAACACUGCUAGAAAGGUCAGACAAUUCGUCAAGAAGAAUAUUUCUGCUUAA